GCUGAGAGGGCGAGGGAGUUGUCGGGUUCAUCUAUAAAUCGCCCCAAAUCUUCUCAUCUCCCAUACCAUGAUCUUUCUUCACCACUAUCACCUCUUUGGAGCUUGAGCUUCAUUCUUUUCUCAACACACUUAUUCCUACCACAUUGUAUCUCAAUCCCUUGAACAUGCCAGGCCUUCCGACCUGCUCCCCUGUUGGCUUCGGCCGUCACCCAUCUGCUCCAUAUCCUUAUGUUCCAUAUGCGGGCGAACUGAAUAGCCAAUUCAAUCCUAUCAUCAUCAUGCUUGUUGGGUACCUCGAGAAGUUAAACAAGCCACAUGCACUUGACCAUGCCGUCAAAGAAGCAUAUCAAAAGUCGACUAAAUUAAUGAACACAUUUAACAUCACAGGAGCCAAUUCAUUCUUGAAGUUCGCGAACGACCUCCUGAGAUGGAUCCCCCACGAGAGCAGCGAAGGGAAGGAUGUUUACAACAUCCUCUGCAUCUUCUACUUCGUCUUCAACCAGCACCCUCUGAAGGAUAUCCAAACUCCUAUCACUCCCGAUGUGGUUGGCCAGCCGUUGACCUGGCUCUCAUCCUGGCUGGUCGUAUAUUCUCAGCUCGUCGGCCAAUGGAUGGACACCCGGGAUUCUCUUACGGCAGAGUCUUUGGAGACCUUCCGGCAAUCGCCUGCAUACAGCAUGGAUGAAGCAGAAGAACCCUCAGGAGGUUGGAAGACCUUCAAUGAGCUCUUCGCCCGAUCGCUCAAGCCCGGCUCAAGGCCCAUCGCAGACCCGGAUGAUGACACGGUCAUAGUCUAUCCUGCUGAUUGUAGAUACGAUACGUCGCUCGAAUAUCACUCGGUCAGCAUUUCGUCCACGGGAACUGUACUCAUAAAGGGUCUCCCCUGGACUAUCAGUUCGCUGCUCCAGGGGAGCGAGUUUGGAGACUACUUUAACGGGGGCGUAUGGAUGCAUGCCUUCCUAAACGCGUACAACUAUCACCGCCAACAUGCUCCGGUUGCGGGCAAAGUGCUCGAGGCAAAGGUCGUACAAGGUACCUGCUACCUUGAGGUCAACGACGACGGAGAACCCCAGCGUACUAUAAUUGGGCCUGGCCUUCAAGCCACCGAGGACUACAAGAUUCAAGCCCCAGACACACCAGGCUACCAAUUCCUACAGACUCGAGGCAUAAUAGUUAUCGAAAACGAUACCUUGGGUAAGGUAGCAGUGUUACCCAUCGGCAUGGCCCUUGUCUCUGGAGUGAAACUAUCAGUCAGUGCGGGCCAGGAAUUGAAGAAGGGAGAUGAGAUCUCGAACUUCCUGUUUGGAGGAUCCGACAUCAUCUGCGUCUUCGAGAAAAAGGCAAAUCUAACCCCUGACUGCUUUGUGUCUUCUCCUGACCCUCCGGAGGAGGAACCCUGGAACAACUACUCUAAAUACGGUACCAAGUUGGCCAAAGCUGAACCUCAGGCAUAGGCAUCUUAGUGCCGUGAUCAGGGAGGAAACUUGCUAAUUCACAUUACAAUCACGGUAUAUCCAAGGCUAUAGUACCUAACCAAUCACACUCAUUUUGGUCAAUGCUUAGUACCUAGG